GGCGCUGGCGUGUAUGCGCAGGCGCAGUUGGUUGAAGCCCGGCGGGUGUGCUCAGGUGGAGCUGCGUCGGAGCCCGCUGUGUUUGCGCAGGCGCAGUUGGGCGGGGAGCCCGGUGUGUUUGCGCAGGCGCAGCUGGGCGGGGGGGGGCGGCCCGGCGGGGUUGCGCAGGCGCAGCUGGGCGGUGUGUGUGGAGCCGGUGUGUCAUGGAGGCCUACGAUAUUAUCGCCAACCAGCCGGUGGUCAUCGACAACGGUUCUGGUGUUGUCAAAGCUGGAUUUGCUGGUGAUCAGAUACCCAAGUACUGUUUCCCCAAUUAUGUGGGUCGUCCAAAGCAUGUUCGUGUGAUGGCAGGAGCAUUGGAGGGUGAUCUCUUCAUUGGCCCCAAAGCCGAGGAGCACCGAGGAUUGCUCUCAAUUCGCUACCCCAUGGAACAUGGCAUUGUACAAGACUGGAAUGAUAUGGAGCGAAUCUGGCAAUAUGUUUAUGGCAAGGACCAACUGCAGACCUUCUCUGAGGAACAUCCAGUACUCCUGACAGAAGCUCCACUAAAUCCAAGCAAAAACCGGGAGCGGGCUGCGGAAGUUUUUUUUGAGUCAUUUAACGUUCCGGCACUUUUCAUUUCAAUGCAAGCUGUUCUGAGUCUGUAUGCCACCGGUCGAACCACCGGCGUGGUGCUCGAUGCUGGCGAUGGUGUCACUCAUGCUGUCCCAAUCUAUGAAGGCUUUGCCAUGCCACAUUCCAUCAUGAGGGUAGAUGUGGCAGGCAGGGAUGUGUCCCGUUACCUGCGCCUGCUCCUCCGGAAGGAAGGAUACGACUUUCACACAACUGCGGAAUUUGAGGUUGUCAAAACAAUCAAAGAGCGGGCCUGUUACCUGUCUAUAAACCCACAGAAAGAUGAGACACUGGAGACUGAGAAGGCACAAUACACUCUCCCUGAUGGAAGCACCUUAGAGGUGGGACCUGCUCGAUUCCGAGCCCCUGAGUUGCUUUUUAAACCUGACCUGAUUGGAGAUGAAAGUGAGGGAAUCCAUGAGGUGCUGACCUUCGCCAUCCAGAAGUCAGACAUGGACCUACGCAGGACGUUAUUCUGCAAUAUUGUACUCUCAGGAGGUUCCACCUUGUUCAAAGGUUUUGGUGACCGGUUACUCAGUGAGGUCAAGAAACUUGCUCCAAAAGACGUGAAAAUAAAGAUUUCUGCACCACAGGAGAGGCUAUACUCCACAUGGAUAGGGGGCUCUAUCCUCGCUUCCCUAGACACAUUCAAGAAAAUGUGGGUGUCCAAGAAAGAGUACGAGGAGGAUGGAGCACGUGCAAUCCACCGGAAGACAUUUUAAUAUUGUUGGAAGUUGGCGUGCUGCUUUGUAAGCCUCGACCUGUGUGUAUCACGUAACCAUGCAGAAUUAAUAAUGGACAAGUAAAAUGCGUAUUUUUUAUGUAUAAAAGAGGGUUUGGAUGCCACUUAUCAAACUUGUUCUACCCCUAUCAGGAUUUGUGUAUAUUGGAUUAUACAUUCUGAUUUCAGUACUGUGGGGGUGAACCAUAGAUCAAUGUCUGCUCUUGGUUUAGACAUUGCCGUUUACAAAAGAAGAUAUCUGCACUCAUUCAAUGAAGAAAAUGAUGUAAUUUAAGGUGUUUGACUGCCCUUCUGCUUCCCUAAUCCCACGUCUCCCACCCUCGCCUCAUUCCUACUUUGUAAAUUCAUAGGAAAUGGGAGUUGUUUGUUGCAGAGAAGGUCAUCGUAUCAAGUAGGCUGGGACUGCAAGCAGGAGAAUGAAAGCUGCUGGAACCAGACUUCUGUGGUGGACGUUUACAUCUACAGAGUGGACUCGAUGCUAAGCAUUAUCAUUCCUUAACCUGCUUAAUAACCAGCUCUGCAAAUGUUAACUACUGUGAGUAGCAAGUGGUUAAAAUGUUAAGCACAGUAACUAGCACUUUACUUCCGGUGGUUGGGUAGUGAAGGAGGUGUCUGCAUGAGGACCAUAUAUUGGCAGUGUUUUAGUCUUGCACUGAAUAUAACUGAUGAAGGUGUACGUGAUAAUUGGUGAUAACUAUAUCUGUCUUGAAGUUAGAGGUAGUAGGUUAAUCUUUUUCUCUCUUCCCACCCACUUCCCCACUUACUCUUCUGAGCAUGUAUGGGAUUUAUUCCAGAUUAUAUUACAACUGCUAUAUCCACCGUUUAUUCUGAAGAAACAUGUUUCCAUUUGGGGCAUUUUAAAAUUGAAUUGGCGCCUUACCUGCACACCAUACUACUUUUCACAAUAGUUUGUGUCUAAUUCAGCCAUUCUGACACAGCUCUGGGAAUUGUUUGCUGGAACUGUUAAGGAUAAAAUGUUGCUUCGAGUUUAGUUUUGCAGUUUAAGUUGGGGAAUUGGUUUGGACAUGUAGACCUUUUGUAAAACUCUGCCCUGUAUACUGGAGCUUCCGUUUAAUUUGUAAUGUGAUCCAGUCUGUUUCCCCUUCACUUGCUACUGACCUGUUGCAUCUAAGAGUAUCCACUUUCAUAGACUUCCAACAGAUGGACUUGGUAUAUGAAAGUCCUCUGAUGCAACAUCCAUUGUACCCAAGAGGAUGACCCUUUUUUAUUCUCCUAUUCCAGUGUUGUCCCUUGAUACUUGGUGGUGGCCUGAUUAAAAUGUGGUCUCACCCAUGCGUUGCAAACGACAUACCAUGCUCCCUUACUUUGGUGUAGCACCUCAUGCCAUUUCCAAAAGGGGUGGUUGGACAAUGUAGGUUGGAAAUGAGACUUUCAGCGGUGACUACUAACUAGUUCUGAGACGAGCUGCUCACUAAUGAAUGAAUCUGUGUUUCAACCACAUCUUGCAAGGUCCAGAAUUUGGUUGUAACCUGUCAGCUGCCUCUCAUAACAAGGGUCUUAUUAUAUGAGUGGAAUUUGUCUAUUGAAGGUAGAUUUAAUUGUUUCUGUACAUUGGGCGUUCCUGCCAAACCUGGAUGGGCUGCGGUGGGUACUGACACUUGAAUCCCCUGCCUGCUUCGACCAUGUGGCUGAGCUGUCAUGAGACAGCGUGAUAAUCUGAGGCUGCAACACCAGGGCAGUGAAAUGGGAGUGCAAGUGGGAAUGCACCAUGGGUGCCUUACUCAUAAGACCCGAUUGUUAUGUUUUGCACCAGUUUGAUUCUAAAGAUGAAGGUUCAGAACCAAAUAAAAGCUUCCAUCUCAGUUUCACUGUCCCUCAGUGUAGUCAAUGAAGUGUUUUCCUCUUUUGCACUGUUGAACAUAAACUACCUUCGUUUUGGUAAGUUGGGAAGAGUGUUUUUGAAGGCUAACCAGUUUUGUUUUAGAGUUUGCACACCCUUAACCAGUGUAACUGACACCGUAAGCAAAUUCCUCUGCAUAACUUGUAGCCUUUAAGCCUCUGCUCUGUGUGAUGCGGCACAGAUCUGCUUUAAGCGCCCUUGUUGAUCACUGGCAGGCAUGAGAUGGUCAUUUGGGGUGGUUUGUUGAUGAUUUGGUUGCACUCGCUGACUUUUUUAACGGCUCAGUCAACACUGGGACAUAAGGUAAUUGAAUGGCAGACUCUGGUAACCACUUCACAUUUUACACAAUGGAACGGCUAGGAUCUGGCAUCCUUGCUAUGUUCCCUUUUAUACUUGGCUAAUGCCACCUUGACAAGUUAGAGUGAAAGCUGGGUGUCCAAAUGCCAGCCAGGGUUUAAGAGGGGGGUUUGCAUUAAGACUAAUUGAGGGGAAAGUUUAGAUAGGGGUCUUGCAAUUGAUUGGAAUCUUGUGACUCCCUUUGGACCAGAGCACAGAAUUGGACUUGCUGAGAUCUCUGUUGGAUAAUCUUAGUAGUCUGUCUAGGUAUGCAGAUCAUAAAUGAUUCACAGCCUUUGAAACUGCUUUUGGCAUGAAUUGAGAUAAAACUGUGUGAGGUGGCACUGCAAGUUGCCUUAUAUUAAUUAAGAAACGAUUACUUUCGCAGAGAAAUCUGGUUCCUGCAAUUUUUCCUCCGUGUUCCGGACAUUUCAGAACUUUGGUACUAGAGUGCCUUUAACCUUGUACAGAGGGUGGGAAAUGUGGGAGUAAAACUGGCACCGGUAGCGUUUACCUCAAAUGUAUUUAAAAAAAAUAAAAACAUUUAAAUGAGA